AUGCUCGACGCACUUUCCCCCUCGGCGGAGGAUUAUCCUCUGUCGGCACCGCCAGGGUGGCUUCAACCUCUCAUGAGUAUGAUUUGUAUUUACUCCAUUAUUCUCCCGCAUGGUGCCAUACGGCUCAGUGCAGGUGGUCUUGUAUUCGGACUGUUCUUCUAUCUUCAAUUCUGGACUGCUGAUAGAGGGGUCAAUGGGUAUGCCACUGGGACAGGGUGUGCAUCGAUUGUUCUUCGAUGGCUUGAUCUGCUUGUGAUGCAUCGACCAGAGACGGAAUUCUGGUCCGUCGAAGAGAUCAAACAAGAUGGCAGUCACGUGAAGGUGCAGGCCAAAGUGCCUUUCGAUCGGUGGGCCAAGCUGAAGUGGUUUGGCAGUCUUUGGAUCGCUUCAAGAGGUGUAGGGUGGAACAUUCAAAGCAGUCAACUCCCUCCACCCGUUGCCAAGGAUUACCCAAAAGAUCGCUGGCUUUUUCGCACAAUUGUCAGAACAUUCUCAAUGUAUCUGGGUUAUGAUCUAACCUCAAACAUUCUUCUCCACAUAGUCCGGGAAGGCCCAUUUCUUGCCCACCCGAUAGCCUGGCAAGUGUUCUACGCGUGGACCAAAGCAUUUAGAGCAUACUACAGCUUCGAGUCCUCUUACUUCGCACUCGCUAUUAUGUCGGUGGCUACUGGCAUCUGCCAACCUCAUCAAUGGCCUCCACUUACAGGAUCAUUCGGUCGAGAUGCAUACACGGUGAGAAGGAUGUGGGGGAGAUGCUGGCAUCAGUGUAUGAGGAGGCCAUCUGGUGAAGCGGGCAGAGUCGUGAAAGAAACAUUUCGACUGAAAGAUGGCACCUAUUUGAGUCGAUACUCACAAAUUUGCAUCGGAUUCCUGGUUAGUGCACUUUCACAUCAUGCGGGCGCUACUGUUGGUUGCUUCGAAGACGGUGGGGCUUGGCAAUUCACAUAUUUCAUGCUGCAACCUGCUGGUAUCAUGCUAGAAGAUCUCGCAAUAUAUAUUGGGAAGAAAUGUGGGCUGAGGCCCGAUGGACUGACGAGAAGGUUUGGUUUUCUGUGGACUAUCUUGUGGUUUUCUUGGACCUUAAGAUUUAUGGUUGCGUAUCAGCCGAACACGUGGGUGACUUCGUAUUCAGCUCCGAGCAUUAUAGGCUACGUAAUGCGUCGCUCAAUUGGUUGA